CAAGGAUGUAUGUGUGGGUCCAGCAGCCCACAGCACUUCUGCUCCUGGGACUCACACUUGGGGUUUCAUUCAGGCUCAACUGUGUUGAAGAUACGUACCCCAGUGGUCACAGGUGCUGUCAUGAGUGCCAGCCAGGCAACGGUAUGGUGAGCCGCUGUGAUGCCAACAGGGACACCGUAUGCCACCCGUGUGAACCUGGCUUCUACAACGAGGCAGUCAAUUAUGAAAGCUGCAAGCAGUGUACACAGUGCAACCAACGAAGUGGGAGUGAACUCAAGCAGAAUUGCACACCGACUCAGGAUACUGUCUGCCAGUGCAAGCCAGGCACCCAGCCCCGGCAAGACAGCAGCCACAAACUUGGAGUUGACUGUGUCCCCUGUCCUCCUGGCCACUUUUCUCCAGGCAACAACCAGGCCUGCAAGCCCUGGACUAACUGCACCCUAUCUGGGAAGCAGACCCGGCACCCAGCCAGUCCCAGCUUGGACGCAGUCUGUGAGGACAGAAGCCUCCCAGCCACAGUGCUCUGGGAGACCCAGGGCUCUACAGUCACACCAACCACUGUCCAGUCCACCACAGUCUGGCCCAGGACUUCUCAGUUGUUCUCUACAUCCACCCAGGUGGCUCCUAGGGGCCCAGUAUUUACUGGUUUCCUAGGCCUAGGCCUGGGCCUGCUGGCUCCCUUGACUGUUCUGCUGGCCUUGUAUCUUCUCCGAAGGGCUUGGAGGUUGCCUGAUGCUCCCAAACCCUACUGGGGAAACAGCUUCAGGAUCCCCAUCCAGGAGGAACAAGCUGACACACACUUUACUCUGGCCAAGAUCUGAACAGCACCUCAGGAAUGGGUUUGAUGGAGCAUGGACAGCCUAUAUCCUGGUGCCUGCCAGUACCCUCCACACCGUUCUAGGUGCCGGGCUGGCUUUGGGCUCUCCUAUGUAUGCUAUGCAUACUGCCUGCCUGGUGGUACCACCAAUAAACGUGCUAGCAACUGUGAGUCUGUGACUGGCACUAGGGGGCUGAGGUUGCAUCCUCUUCUGGUGGGGGAAGAGUCUUAGGCCAAGGUGAAGGUCUGCUCAGAGACUCACACUUAGUCAUGUGUUCUCCAGU